GUAAUUAUAAUGCGAUACUGCAUAUUAAUGCUGCAUAACCACUUUUAUAAGCAAACUGAUGAGAAUGAUUAAGCUAGAUAUAUAAUGUUUCUCUAUUGUUUAUCGAAAGCUUCUGGCCUUUAAAGAUAAGCGGACGAAGCGCGCUUUACGUCUUUACUCUUGUAGGUGGAUAUUCGGGUAGAUUCUCACACUCAUCCCCUUCCUUUUUGGUAUGAGUUAUUCUAUGGAACCGCCAGCAAUGAGCACUUUUUUAUCAGACAACGAAACAGUUGGAGAAUCCACUAACCUUUUGCAUCUCGAAGGUCAUAGUUGGAGCCAGCUGCAAGAUGGGACUAUUGAGAUAACCGACCGAUUGCCUAAGAAAGAAUACUACAUGAGUCUUCGGAGGUUCAACAGCACUGGUCCUAAUUCUGGAACUGCACACAGGUUGGGAAGUAUUUCCAGUGGUUCAGCUGCUGGAUUAGCCAAUGGAUCAUCUGGUUUACUAGGUGGUAACUCACCCUUACCGCGCCCAGGUGGUGGUACUCUACGUGGAUCAUCACACCCAUCGGUUGUUGAUUUUAAACCUUCUGGUAAAAUAGUAGAUUGUACGGUUGUAAUGCUGGAUGGUACAACAAGAGAGUUUCGUUUAGAUAAAGCUGCCUAUGGACAACAAUUAUUCGAUGCUGUUUGUACACAUCUUGGUUUAUUAGAGGUUGAAUUCUUUGGCAUCACAUAUUACGAUUCAACCAAUAAUUGGUUCUGGCUCCAAACUGAUCAGAAAAUUGUAAAACAAAUCGGUAAAAAUGAAUGGCAGUUUGAAUUUCAAGUUAAAUUCUAUCCAUGUGAUAUCGACUCAAUCAAAGAAGAUAUAACACGUUACUAUCUUUGUUUACAAGUACGGCAGGAUAUAGUUAGUGGACAGCUUCCAUGUUCAUUUGUAACUUACUGCAUUCUUGGGUCGUAUAUAGUUCAGUCAGAAGCUGGCGACCAUGAUCCGACUCAACAUAUUGGUAUAAAAUAUAUACAAGAUCAUCCAUUUGCUCCUCAUAUGCUUCAAACACCUGAAAUGUUAGGACGAAUUGUUGAACUACACAAACUUCAUCGUGGUAAAACACCUGAAGAGGCUGAUCGUUUAUUUCUAAAUAAUGCCCGUAAAUUGGCCUUGUAUGGUGUUGAUUUGCAUAAAGUUAAGACGUCUCAGGGUCAAGAUAUUACUCUAGGUGUUUAUUAUGGAGGUAUCCUGCUAUACCGUAAUCGUAUUCGUUUAAUGAGAGUUAGUUGGCCGCGUAUUAUAAGUCUAUCACAUCGUGGACGUAAUUUUAUUAUUGCACGAAGACCUGGUGAUGAUUCAUUAGAUCGUAAUAUGACUUUUAAAUGUAUUAGUGCUACACUGGCUAAACGAUUAUAUAAUGUUUGUGUGGAUCAUCAUAAUUUUUUCAGACUUCGUGGGUCGUCUAGACCGAAAAAACCAAGUUUAUUCCCUUCGUUUGCUACUCGCAAAUAUCAUUAUCCUGGCACAACUGUGAAUUCAUCGUCGAUUGACGCUACUGUCGGUGUCGGUGGACAUAAUCAAACAUCUCGACCUUUAUCUAAAUUUCGUCCAAUGCCUGCCCAUCCUUCAGAGACUGGAUGGUUUACAUUUGCUAACCGCGGUGAAAUGGAUCAUAUGAAUGGUGCAGUCGCCAGUCAAUAUCAGUACCAACCAGCUAUGGUAAGUGGUGAUCCAGCCUGUAUGGAUCCCACUUAUUUCUGUAAUCAAAAUGUAAUCAAUGGACUGCCCAUACCAAAUGCUCAAGGUGUUCAACGCUAUUACCAACCAAGUAGUAAUGAUGUUACCGGCUUAAUGAAUGGUCAUCAUCCUAAUAGUAAUAAUAACCAUAUUAAUAAUAUGCCCACAAUGAUUACUAGGAUAUCAUUUGAACCUGAACACUGGCGUAUAACUGGAGCUGAUUGUACAGCAGGCUUAGGAAUAGAUGCUCGGGGCUUAGAUGUUGCAUCUACACGUGGAGCUGGAUGGCAAGGUUGUAGAGCUAAUAAAGGUGUAAAAGCUCCAGGUGCAUAUUACUAUGAAGCGGCUUGUUUAGAGGAAGGACUUAUACGUGUCGGUUGGUCAACUAAUGAUGCCAAUUUAGAACUUGGUGCAGAUAAUUAUGGUUUUGGUUAUGGAUCCGAUGCUGUAGGCUCUGCUGGUAUGAAUGGCACUGGACGUGUAAUGCAUCGGAAUACUGGUCAUGAUUACGGAAUAAUGGUUCAUCAGGGUGAUGUAAUUGGUUGCCUGUUAGAUUUAGACAAAGGAUCAAUUUCUUGGUCAUGUAAUGGAAAAAUAUUUCAACGUGCAUUCACUAUACCUGACCAAUUAAGAGGAGAAGCUUUCUUACCAGCGGCUAGUCUAAAAGACUCACGUAUCCUAUUUAAUUUUGGUGAAGAACAACCGUUAGAAUUCCCACCAGACGGUUCAUUUAUUCCUGUAGCUCAAUCUGCUGAUGAUAGUCAAGUAUCUAAUCGUAAUCCUGGUUGGCGCAUGAAUCAGUACGAUGCAACGAAUGCUUUAGAUGUUGCACCCGACGGUAGUCAAGUUCAGUCACAUUUUAAUCAAGGUUGGCAAGGUUGUCGAUCAAAUCAUGGUAUUCGUGGUCUUGGACGCUUCUACUUUGAAGUAACUCCUAUUGAAUCUACUGGACUAUGGCGAGUCGGUUGGUCAACAGAUGAUGGGAAUUUAAUUGUUGGCACAGAUCAAUAUGGUUUCGGUUAUGGUGCAGAUAACGAAGGUUUCGGUUUGAAUGGACAACAAGGAAAACGUAUACAUUGUGAUGAAAUUGAAAAUUAUGGUGAAGCAUUCUCUAAAGAUGAUGUGAUCGGCUGCUUUUUGGAUACGAUUGAACACACUAUUAAAUGGUCAAAAAAUGGUUUGGAAUUUGGUGACGCUUAUCGAAUUCCCUCUGAAUUGUUACAUUCUAAAAAUUUGACAGCAUUGUAUCCAACUGUGUCCUUGUUGAAUUCUACCGUGGAAUUGAACUUUGGCGACAAACCAUUUAAAUAUUACCCUGGGCCUGAUUGGACACCUGUAUGCUGUGCUCCUCCUGAAUGUACUAAACGUUCUAGACGUAAAGGUCCUGAACGGAAAGUGAAGGGGUGGUCAUAUAUUGAUCCGACUAUUUUAGAACCAUCAAUUCGACAAACAAUGCAGUCGAUUGAAAGAAGUGAACCGCAAAUUGAAACAGAAACAUUUCAUGAUGAAAAUGGUAAAAUGAUCAAGCGUACUGUUAAACGUUCUGAAGUGACUACUACAAAAACUGUUAGUGAACGUAUUAUUGCAAGUACUGCAGGUCAAAUUGUUCAUACUAAUGGACAUUCUAUAUCUAGUAAUGAUUUUGAUGAAGAUUUAAAUAUGGCGUUGUUAACCGUCACUAAAUUGGAUCCAGAUAUUUCAGUAUUAAAUAAUCCUGUUGGACAAGUGGAGAUUAGAACCAAAUCAGAAAGUGUUCUUUAAAAACGUAGAGAUAGUAGUAUUCAAUAACUGCUUUUCGUUUAUAUAUAUGAUACAACUAACUACUCACAUUUAUUCAUUCUUCGAUCAAUCAAUUCAUUCAUUGAUUCAUCUAAUUAUUCAGUGACAAUUCUAUUCCUAACUGUCUCUUUAUCCCAUUCACUAUCUAACUCAACCUCGCCUCAAUUAAAUUAUAUUAUUGUUGUUCAUUACGUAAUUGGGUUUUUGUUUUUCCUCAGUUGAUAAGAUUAUUUUUCAGUUUACUACUGCUACAACUAUAUUUCUUAUCGGCUUUUCCGUUUACAUAUGCCUUAUUUGGUAAUACUUUAUUUUUUAUAUAUUCUUGGUUAUUUUUUUUAGAGUGUCGGUGUUUCUGUUGUAUUCAUAUAUCUUCAUGAUUGUUGUCAUUAUCACACCAUGAGAAAGUAUUAGAAGUAUAUUAUAAAUGCUUGUAUGUACGUGUGUGUGUGCUUGUUAGUAAAAAGUGUGACACCGCAUAGCUUAUGUACUAACAAGCAUACAUAAGUAUUGACAAGGAUUUACGUAUUAAAUACACAAUGAAAUAAUACUUCCUCCUGUUGUGUUAGGGAUACUAAUGGUGAUAGUAGUAACAAUCAUGAAGAUAUAUGAAUACAACAGAAACACCGACACUCUAAAAAAAAAUAACCAAGAAUAUAUAAAAAAUAAAGUAUUACCAAAUAAGGCAUAUGUAAACGGAAAAGCCGAUAAGAAAUAUAGUUGUAGCAGUAGUAAACUGAAAAAUAAUCUUAUCAACUGAGGAAAAACAAAAACCCAAUUACGUAAUGAACAACAAUAAUAUAAUUUAAUUGAGGCGAGGUUGAGUUAGAUAGUGAAUGGGAUAAAGAGACAGUUAGGAAUAGAAUUGUCACUGAAUAAUUAGAUGAAUCAAUGAAUGAAUUGAUUGAUCGAAGAAUGAAUAAAUGUGAGUAGUUAGUUGUAUCAUAUAUAUAUGGAUUGCGUAACUAUAUACAUUCAGACCAUGACAAUCAUAUUCUAUUCGCUCCUUUUUUAUGUACGUGUACAUGCAAGCAGUGAUUUUUCUAGUCAUUACAAUGUUAUGUUAAACUAAUAAUCCGUUUUAUGUGGUUGUUGUUGUCGUUCAUAUUAUGAUCUUUUACAUGCUCUUCUGAAUUAGCACUGCUGUCGUCUUCUUGACUUACUACACCUUGCCUACUGCCUACUCAUUUCACAUCACUAUUCAUCAUUGUUGAAUAAAGUCAUUAAUAAUAAUAAUCACCUCUUAUAUAUAUAUAUACCAUUUACAGUACGACAAGAAUAAAUAAUGUUUUCGAUAAUCCUCUUCCAUUUUCUGCACUACAAUUUGAAGAUUGGCAUUUAAUGUUUCUUGUCGUCGAAAUAAUAAGGAUAAUAUUGUUGUUUUGCACAGUGAAUAAACCGAUUAUCCUAUCUCCUUGUUUAUUUGUCUGUGGGUGUGUGUUAGUAUGUUUCGUAAUUGGAUUCGCACUGCUAGCUCCCCUAUCAUAUUGUAACACCUGUUGAUGACAUAUGGCUUUAUGAUGGUGAUGAUGAUUACUUCGUGUAUCGUUUUGCUCUUUUUUGUGUAUCCAAAUACGUUCUGUAUUGUUCAGACGUAUUGCCUUUUUUUAAUAGAAAAGCAAACAAUAAUAUUUUAUGCGGUGAGGAAUUCGGAUCUCAGUCAAAGGCAGUGUCGAGUCUAAUAUAUCAGUGUUAGUCGUAGUAAAAUUAUCGCUGAUAGUAGGAAACAUAAUAUUAUUCGUGAAUUAAGGAUACGCUAUUAGGAUAAAAUAGUAUAGAAUUAUUUAAAGGAAAGACCAAGACUAGAUACAUCUCUAUCAUUGCAAUCUAUGAUAAGGGAUCUUACCUGACGUUUCAAACCGUUAAUCAUAAUAAUCUCACGGACCCCAAUCAGGUAAUCUGUGCCUAUCAGUAUAGCUCAGUUCAACAGUUGAUAACUUCAUAGUCUAAUGUCAAGCUUUGGUAUGGUUGCUCCUAGCUUUCUUUCAACCUAAACUAGUCAACUUCGUGAAUCAAGGUAAUCAGUGGUUGGGAUAUUUAAUUGUGUGCCAACCAAUUUAAUAGAUGAAGAUUGAUAAUCUUGUAAACCAAUUUGCCAACCUCAGCAUUCUUUACUCAACGGUCAC